AUGGAACAGUCUCUUUUGGGAAGCGAUCGAAAGGAAAUGGCGAAGAAAUGGAAUUGGUCAUUUCUGCAAACUGUUCUUAUCUAUCUAUCUAUCUUUCUAUCUCAGUCUGUUCAUAUCUAUCUAUCUAUCUAUCUAUCUAUCUAUCUAUCUAUCUAUCUAUCUACACUAGAUCAGUUUAUCCAUAUCUAUCUAUCUAUCUAUCUAUCUAUCUAUCUAUCUAUCUAUCUAUCUAUCUACUUCAUGAAAAAUCAUUCCUCAAUCUUUACAUGGUUCGACCCUUGCACUCGUAGGCACAUAUCCGCUAAUCAAAAAUUAGUCCCUGAUUCAAUCCAUCACAAUUCUGAUUUCAAAUAUCCCGUUCUGUUCAUCUAUCUAUCUAUCUAUCUAUCUAUCUAUCUAUCUAUCUAUCUAUCUAUCUAUCUGUUCAUCAAUCUAUUCAUCAAUCUAUCUAUCUAUCUAUCUAUCUAUCUAUCUAUCUAUCUAUAA